AUGUCCUUCGAUCAGUUAUCAUCGUUAGAGUCGCAACCGACGACAAUGCGAAGAGAGGAUGAUCCUCAAUAUGCGGACGAUCCGGAAUUCCAAAGAUUAUCGCAAGACCUUAUGACAAAGCUCUUCUCAUUGACAGGAAAUAUCUCAAGGCUUUCAAAUGAAAUAAACCUAUUGGGAACGAAGAGGGACACAGAGAGGGUUCGGGAAAGAGUUCACGACCUCUUGGAAGACUCAAAGGAUGCCUUCAAAGAGAUUGGCGAUGGCGUCAAGAAGAUACAAUCAUGGGAGGAUGUAAAUCCAUCGCAAAAAUAUACUCAAACAAAACUUACGCGCGAGUUCCAAAACAACUUGACCGAAUUCCAAAAUGUACAGCGCCGAGCUCUCGAGAAACAACGAUCCUCUGCUACUGCAGCACGAACGGCAAUGGAAGAAGCGCAAUCACCAGGAGUUGAGAGUGGCAAUCAGUUUGGGCAGCAACAAUCCCAAGAGCAGCUUAGAUUGGCUUCGCAGGAUGAGGUUGAUUUUCAAGAUUCGUUGAUAGUAGAGCGUGAGGCCGAGAUCCGGAACAUCGAACAAGGCGUCACUGAAUUGAACGAGUUAUUUCGAGAUGUGGCACAUAUUGUCAACGAGCAAGGCGAGACUCUUGAUUCGAUUGCCAACAAUGUCGAGAACGUACACACAGAUACAAGAGGGGCUGAUCUGGAAUUGAGGAGCGCCGCUAGAUAUCAAAAGAAUGCUCGGUCAAAGGCGUGCUGUUUACUAUUGAUAUUGGCGGUCAUCCUCACUAUUAUUAUACUCGCAGCCACCUUAGGUAUGGGUAUUGAAUUGGACCAAGCUAGUCUACAAAAGGCUUUCCAAUCUCGUCCAGAUAUACAGAGCGCCAUAGCGGCAGCAUCACAAGUUGGUCCAGAAUACAUCGAGCUAUUCAAUCAAAUUUCCUUACAUGUCUGCGAGACAAUAACUCAGCAAGCAUCAGAACCGGCUUCAAAGAAACGUCGCAUAGAUGAGAGCCUCGCAAGUCGAAGUAUCCCGAAUAGCACAAAUGGCACAUCAAACAGCGUUGGGAGUACGCCCGCUACUGGAGAAGAUCCAGUCUUGCUUGAGAUAAAAGAAAUCUCAGUGGUGAUACCACAGCGCAAGAAAUAUACCCUCUGUUUCACAUCAACACAUCUCUAUGCACGAUUGCCGACCUCUGAAGAACCUGCGUCUGGCAUGAGCUAUACCUGGAAGGAUAUUGAAUAUAUAUUUUGCCUCCCAGUCCCAGAGAAAACGCAAAAACAAUACAAUUACAUACUCUUCCCCAAGAACUCUAUUAUAUCACCCUCCAAACCUUCAUCAACUGCACAGCCCUUACCUGAACCAUUAGUUUUCACCAUCAACGAUGGAGUGCCAAAAUCAGGAACUAUUGCGGGAACGGAUAGUUCAGCAGCUUCAGCUGUCUCUGAUGACUACAAAACACUUUUUAACUGGGCUAUUACCGCCCGGUUGAAGGACGUCGGUAAUGUCCUCAAGAUCACUGAAUCAGACCCUAAGCUAUUUGCGAGUGCAGUCAAGCAAAGUCAUCGACCAAGCGAGAAAGCAGUGCAUGUUAAAGCAUUCAGAGGAUCUAAAGACGGAUACUUGUUUUUUCUGCCUACUGGAAUCCUCUGGGGAUAUAAAAAGCCAUUAUUAUUCUUACCACAUAACCGCAUUGCUGCACUAUCUUUCACAAAUGUCUUACAGCGUACCUUUAAUCUUUCACUCGACAUUGAUAUGUCAGUCUCAGGCGGCGAAGACACUACCGAGGAAAUGGAAUUUCAAAUGAUAGAUCAAGAAGAUUUCGCUGGCAUAAACGAGUAUGUACAGAGAUAUGGAUUGCAAGAUAAGAGUAUGGCCGAACAGCGUAAGGCCAAGCGAUUGAAUGUGAAUGUGAUGAAGGAUGAAGAAGGAAACGUUGUAGGAAAUGCGGAAGCGGGAGAGUUAGAAAGGGCAGCGCAAGAAGCGGAACAGGCAGCGAUGGACGAGGAAGAUGAGGACGAGGAAGAUUAUGAUCCAGGGAGCGAGGGUGAAAGCGAAGGGAGUGGCACAAGCGAUAGUGAAGAGGAUGAUGAUGACAAUGGGGAGGGUGGAGGUGCUGGGGAUGAUGAGGAUGAUGAGGAUGAUGAAGGUGGGGAGGAGGAAGAGUUGUAG